AUGGAGCGUAAUCUGUCAACCAGCAGUCUCGACUCCUCGGACUCCAUAGAACUUGUCAUAGCUCCACCUGCCCCUCAAAAAACCGUAAAUGACGAGGAAGAGGAUCACGAAGACGAGAGCUGCUCAGACGACGAGAGCGAUGACGACGGUGACGACGAUGACGAUGACGACCUGAGCGACCUGAGCGACGAGGAAGAGGGCGGUGACGACUCGCUGCGGGUGCCUGUAAGGAUCCAGCUGGUCACGGGCACCACAGUGACCGUCCACGUCGACCCCAAUCGAACGACCGUCCGACGACUCAUGAAGCUUGCACUCGCGCAACAGCCAGCCGGGUAUUCAAAGUCUAGACAGAGACUGUGGCUUAUCAACGGCGGAGCAAACGGGAGCAUGCCCCUCAAGAAGGGGAAGAAGCUCGCCGACUACGGCAUCGGUCCAAGCCAAGGGGUGAUGAUGCAGUACAACUACCAGAAGAACAAGUGCUGCGAGUGCUGUCUCAUCGGCUGCCUGGUCGCGGCCUUCAUCCUCACCUGCGGCGCCUGCUGUUGGGGCUGCGGCUGCUUCAGCUCCAGGUGCCGGAGACGCUACAAGAGAUGUUGUGGCUGUUAA